GUCUACACUAUUUGUCUUGGUCAAGUAGUGGAGGCAAAGUGAAAUUCCCCAAAACAUGCGUAACCUCAACCUGUCGAGUUGUGGUAGUUUGUGGCUAGAAGGUCACAAUGUACGUCAUAUCUCUCUGGACGACUGCUCUAAUAACAUCACUGUUUCUUUUGAGAAAAGCAUUGAGUUAAUCAGUAGCAUGGGGGUAAAUACUUAUCACGCUCAAAGCACCCAACAAGAGAUACAUAGUUGUUUUGCGAUAUCUCCACCUGUAUAUUUGGUUGCAAGUUCCAGUGAAAUAUUUCUUUGGCAUUCACUGAAUCACCAAAUUUAUGAAAAACUUGAUCUCAAAACGGAACUAAAAGCCAUAAGUAUUUCUCCAGAUCUUUCAAAAACGGUUGUCGUAACUGGCGAUGGUUUUAUUCAUAUUCUUUCUUCGACUCUCGAAACUAUAUCCAACUUUUCACUGUACGAGGAAGGUUUCGGGUCGGCUCUGCCAGUUUCUCUAGGUUGGGGUAAGAAAGAAACUCAGUUUCAUGGCUCUGAAGGCAAGGAAGCAGCUUUAGCAAAACCGAUUCUACCAGUCUCAAACACUCAAUAUGAUGAUGGUCGUUUCGAAAUUGCAUGGCGUGAUGAUGGUCUUUAUUUCGCCGUAUCAUGGAUUGAUCCAUUAACAGAGAAUCGUAGACGUAUACGCGUCUACAAUGAUACUGGUGAACUGUUUUCAACAACUGAAAUAACGAAUAUGAUUUCCCCAGGGCUUUGUUGGAGACCUCGUGUUCAGUUAAUUACAACGGCUCAACGACGAGAAGGUUGUGGAUUAGAUAUCAUAUUUUUCGAAUCGAACUCUCAACGUCAUGGAGAAUUCGAACUGAUCAACGGCGAAUCUGAAAAGUUUUACCAAGUGGAAUCUAUUCUGUUUAGUCCGACUGGUUCAAUUUUGGCAGUGCUGUGUAGUGGGACUCAAAACCACCCAUGGUUUAUUCGACUAUUAACCUGCUGUAAUUACCAAUGGUCAAUAAAACAACAUUUCUGUAUAACUGACAAUUCAUUAAACGAUAGUCAAAUUUCCAAUAUAUCAUUAACAUGGGAUUAUCAUGCUUACAGUACAGAUUUGUCAACUCUUUAUUGUGCUAUAUCAAUUAAUGGAUUGUUGCCUAAUAAUAAUCAAGUUAACAGUAAGACAUUAUUACAAUGCUGGAAAAUGAAUAACAUGUAUAAUUCGUCGUGCAUAUUAACAAAUUCUAGUGUAAAUACAGUAAAAUCAAUAAAUUCUGGUCUUGUUGCAGUAAUCAAUGGAAAUACCGUUGAAAUGAGUUGUUUUGCUUAUUCAGUUAUUCCACCUCCAAUGUUUGCAACACGACUGGUAUUCUAUUCAAAUAGUGCAAAUCAAUCCAAUAAGAUACAAUGUAAUUUCACUCCAUUUGUUUCGUCUGUAUCUAUUCCUAGUUUAUGGUUGGGAAAUGAAUCGCAUUCGUUCAACAAUGUUAUGCCUAUGUUAAUUCAAUCAGUCGACUGUCAGUCAUCCAAAAAUAUAUUUCCAAAUACGUAUUUUAUUACCGUCACAAAUGGAACCUCUUUAGAGAAGGAGUCAUUUUGUAAUGAUGAGGUGUACUCUGAAUGGCAUAAUGGAGCAAAGAAUAUUGCACCUUGGCCAAGAUCUGUUGCUAAAAUUGAUAUGGAUAAACUGUUCAGUGAAUGCAACGGCAAUGACGAAUCGUUGAAAUCUUUAAUCUUGACUGAGUUAAAACAGAAGAACACUUGUUUAUUUAGUCCAUUGAGUUGUUUCACUUGGUUAAGUCUUUAUGAAGUAUUAUUUAUUGGUGCAGAUGGUCUACUAUUAGGUUAUUUGAAUAUGAAAAGUCUAUAUGCCGGUGAUGAUCAUUCCAAUGGUAGUGUAAACGGACGCUGGUUACUCAGAGCAUCUUCAUCUGCUCAAGAAUUUAAAACACUCAUGGAAAGAAACAACAGUAAAUUUGCCAGAAUGACUACUAUUUGUUGUACGAUUGAUGGACGUGUUUGUGUGCAAAUGUCCAAUGGUACUGUUUACAUUUAUCCUGUUCAAGAUAUACUAAAUAAUAAUUACUGUCAUGAAAUUCUCCAAAUCAAUGAAUUCACCAUUGAUAAUUUACAUUCUUAUAAUCCAUUAAAUUGUAUCAUACAAUUUCCAUCUUAUUGUGAUCAAUUAUUAUGUAUACCAAUAUAUAAUGAAUACAAUUAUAACCCUAUCCAAUCUUAUUCGGCUUUAAUUUUACUUGGUUUUAAUAAAUCAACCCAUUGUUUAUAUGCGGCUGUUUUACCAAAAAACAAUACUGGGCAUUUUCAACAAAAUAAUAUCAUUGCAUUGAAUAUCACGAAUUCAUGCUCUUCAUUAAUUGGAUUAUCAGAAUUUUUAAUUGUAACUAAUGUAAACAAAUUAUUAAUAUGUGUAUCAUUAUUAUUUAAUUCAUCACAAAUUAAUGAUCCAAAUAGUCUUUUAAAAGAAUUACUUUCACGAUUGAAUAUUCCAUCAGAAUUAGACACCAGCACACGUAAACCACCGCGUAACUGGUAUAAUGAUAAUUUACAUCCAAUUGAGUCUGGUGCAAUCAUUGUAACAGCUACACCAAGUGAUACCAAAGUCAUACUACAAAUGCCACGUGGGAAUUUGGAGGAAAUCCAUCCUCGUGCUCUUGUACUGGCACAUUUAUCCAAAUUACUUAAUAAUAAACAAUAUGAACAAGCUGUUCAAAUGAUGCGUCGUCAUCGGAUCAAUUUCAAUCUUUUACAUGAUUAUAAUCCUAAUUUAUUUCUAUCAAAUAUCAAACAAUUUUUACAAUCAAUUGACGAUCCUGACUUGAUCACAUUAUUUAUAUCUGAUCUUGUUGAAGAAGAUGUAACAGAAACAAUUUAUCAUAAAUUUUAUUCUAAAUCUUCCGAACGUCACCGAUCAACUCUAGCAACAUCUAAACUUGACCGAAUAACUGAUAUUCUUAUUGAUGAAAUGGAGAAAUAUAAUCCAACCAAAUUAAUUGUGCCAAUAAUAACUUGUUAUGCGAAAAAAGUCCCACCAAACUAUGAAGCUGGCUUGUUAAGAUUAAAACUUUUACACGAAAGUGGAGAUAUAAAUACAUGGAAUAAUGGAUUACGUCACUUACAAUAUUUUGCUACGCCGAUUGAAUUGUAUAAAGUUGCACUAGGUACAUAUGACUUAAAUUUUGCCACAACAAUGGCACAACGUACACAAUUAGAUCCAAAAGAAUAUUUAGCUGAAUUAAACGAAUUAAAUUCUGUAACAAAUGACUUGAAAAAAUAUCAAUGUGAUACCAUGGAAGAGGCUAUAGCUUAUCAACAAUUUAAAAUUGAUCAUAGUUUGAAAAAAUAUUCAAAAGCUGUUCUACAUUUGAUUGAUUCUGGUCCUAAACACAAAGCGGAAUUAUUAUUCUAUGUGAAAGCAUAUCAUUUAUAUGCACAAGUGAUGGAAGUAAUACCGCAAAAUUCUGAAGAAUUCAAGAUUAUUUGUCAGUUAUGGGCAGAUUAUUUAAUUACUUCACAAAAUUUAAUUUAUGCUGGUCAGAUUUACAUGAAAGGUGGAUUUUACGGUUUAGCUGCAAAAACGUUCUUAUCUGCAACUAACACCCAGCUAUGGUGUAUUGCCGCUGCGAACAGUCGACUUUUGAAUGAUAAAAAUAAUACUGAUUUAUCUACUGAUCACUAUUUAAGUAAUACAGAGAUACGUACUCAAGCACAAAAGUUAGCAGCUCGACUAAAAGAUCUUCGACGUCAUCAAGAAGCUGUUCAAAUCUAUAUUGACUUUUUAGAGGAUCCUGUAAUGGCUAUCAGAACAGCUUGUGAAGAUUGCCUGUGGAUGGAUGCCCAUCGAUUGGCAUCAUUGUAUAAUAAACAAGAAUUUUUAAACCAAAUCCUUAAAUCUUCUUUAAUUGAACAUUAUUCUAUCUUGAAAGAAAGAUUGCAUAAAUCCAUUGAUACAUACGAUAAAUUAUUCGACCGAUUAAUUACCCUACGUCAAAUGCAUAAACAACAGGCGGAAACACAACGAUUUGUUCAGAUGCAUGGUGAUAGAGAGUAUUUUGAUGAUAACUUUUCUGAAUCUGAUAUCAAUUCAGAUACAAGUAGUACGUCGGGAGAUAGUAUAACCAGUUCAAUGAGCCAAAUGAGUUUACGAACGUCAGGAUCGAAAAAAUCCGGGUAAGUAAGCUUAAUUUUUACACUUCAAUGAUGUAGUGCACUGCACUGAUUAAUCUCUUACGUUUUUGUUGUUUCAACAAACUAAAUGUAAGAACCAUUUAUGAAUCAAUCAACGACACACUAGGAUGGGGGCUAUUGAAUAAAAUCUUACUGUAGAAUAGUCCAUACUUAAUAUUUUCAUUUGUCACCUUAAUAACAAAUGAAUUACAGCGAUGUAGUUUUUUUUUAUCUACUAAGAGUUGGUGUUUUGACAAAUAUUCCAUGCUUAAAAUACUAAUUUACCUUGGUAACAACUAUACUGGCUCAGCUUUAAAUGGACAGACAAACUAUCAUUUCGAGGUUAAUAUGUCUCUACAAAAUCAGUCACCUUGGUAUUUUAAAAGAAACUAAUGAAUAUGAUGUAACUAUCUUCAACACUAUUCUGGUUACAAAUAUACUUUUGAUAAGUAUAAUUCUUACUUCACUUCUCAUCAUUAGUAUCAUUUCUUAUGGCCCUAUCUAAUGUGAUAUGAAAAAACCACCAAUCAGAAUAUCGACCUCCUUGACCUUGUCCCUGACACACCAACCAGCACUUGUAGCCUUUAAAAAACUCUCAAUCCUCAUUGAUCUUCAGUGCAAAACUUUCUCCCUUUGCCCUCCCCGUUAAGUCCGAAACACAAUAAUCAGCUCCCACUAUAUGAAUAUUGCAUUUCAGACAUACGUAGUCUAUAUAAAAGCAGACCAGACCAAAUCACACCAUAAAAUGAAAAAUACCAAUUACACAAGAUCAAGUCAAAGGUGGCUGUGAGUAUAGGAGACUGUAACUAAUAGAUUGAGAAUAAUUUAAGAAUAGUUAGUCGUAUAAACGUAGUUAACGGGUCAAAUUAAAGCUUAUUAUGAAAGUGACUUUUACAUUUUCUUGCUCACACUCCAUCAUCAAAUGACAUCCAUGAACAAUAUCAUGUAUUAAAUCAUAACUGCUCAGAAACCUUAUUAUUUUUCAACUAUCUAAACAGUUAAUUAAGACCUAGAGUUUAAAAUGCUGGUAUAUGAAACUGUACAGGAAAAAAACCUAGGGAGAAAUAAGUAAGAAUGAAGAGUUUCACAUUAGGAUGAAAAAAUACUGGACCUGUUUGGGUUAGCAUAAGUUUGAAACAGUUAAGGUUCUUACUCAGCAUUUUAGUUUGGCAUGUUUUUACAAUACUGAGAUUAGUGAUUGAUAACUUUAUAAAUUAAUAUCAUGUCUCUGCAUGGGCUUUUCUUAAUAGAAAACACAUCAGUCAGUCACAUAUGAGGUCUAAUGUUAAUACCUGGCUACCUAAAAUCAAAUUAAGUGGAGCGGAGUUCGAACCAUUUACUCGCUAGUCGAAACAUAACUGCUUGAAUUAUUAAACCACUUACUGCUCCACUAACACCAUUUUGUAAACCUGAGUAGACAGUAAUCUGUUAACCAUAAAUGCAUACGUCUCAAUUUUGUCAGCUUUUACAGCCCAAAGAAAUUCGACCAUUAUAUUUAUGACAUAAGUAAACACUACACCCAUUUUAUAGCGCAUAUAUGUAUACAUACUAAGGAAAGUUUCAUGAAUUUCUUUUCAUGGUGGUUAGCUGUAUACGCUCAUUCUGUUUUUCUUCCGAUAAAGACGUUCGAUGAAAGCCAAACGAAAACAAGAAGCAAAGAGAUGGAGUUCAAAACCGGGUAGUAAAUACGAAGAAGUUGGUCUAUUACAUGAACUAACUCAAUCAAUAGAAUUGGGUCAAUCACUCGCCAGUAAAAUUUUAUUUAUUAUUAUUUGACUUUAUAUUUUUAGCUAAUGAAAUAAUUGAAUAGGCAAUAAUUAGGUUACGCAUAGGAUACUAGGCAAAUGUGUCAUAUCGGUUAUACGUCCUUAACGACGGAGGUGACUGGUACAUGUGUUACGCAUAAUUGUAAGUUUAAUCCACUUAAUAUGUAGGCUACCCGGUUGAAGUUUACGUGUUAGUUCUGAUCAAUGAUCGGAAACCUCGAGCAGUUCAUAGCUCCAAAUUGGUGAAAAUGAUACAGUUGCAUCAAUUUUACCUUCCCUUAAAUUGUGGGUUAUAGUAUGACUUCAUUCUUUUUAUUCUGUGAUUAUUUCAUUCCUGAUUUUCGAAUCAUGUUCUUUUUUCACAACCAUAAAAGCUUCGGCUACCUCAGCUCUUGUGCUGAAUAAUAUUUUUCCAACCUCAUCUUUCUUUAUUGAUAUGGUGUAGUAAUUUGUGCACGUUCCUACAUUAUGACUGCCUGGUCAAUUAAUACUGUCUCUUUCAUAAGAUAGAACAAUAAUUUUUUUAUGGCAAGUGUAUGUCUUUGCUAGACAAGAUUGAUUUUAACCUAGGUAGACAGUGAAGCCCUAGAACUUCAUACUGAUAACUAAUUAGUGAAAUGAAAUCCACUGACUUUUGCAAUUACCGCGAAUAUUGAUGCAUAUAAUUUAGAAGCAAUCAACAAUGAAAUUCAACAAGCGUUAAUUCUCCUCAUAGUUUUUGUGGUUUUAUUUUCUCCUAGUCGAUAUCUACCAUAUUAAUAAGUCGUAUACACUGAAUCCCCAGCCGGUUUUUAGACGGAUACAAUUAUCGACAUUUGAACAUUAAAACCAACAAGUAUGCGGAAAUUUAAAAACAGCUUUCCUUCUAAGGUUAGUUCAUAUACAAGUUACAUUAAGACUCGAGGAAAGAUACUGUAAUAAACUUGGAACAUAAACAGUCAGAUUAAAAGAAAGUGAUAGGGUUCUAUGCAAAUAUGAAAAAUUUUAUUGUUCAAGUAGUGAAUCUCCUUCGACUGAGCUGACUGGGAUAUAUAUCCACCAACUAUCUCGAUGCGCGAUGAUGGCCGAUGUAGUAGCUGGUUGGAAGAGCUUGAAGCGGCCAAACCAGGAUAUGUCAACAGUACAGUAUGUCAUCGACAGUUGGAUGUAGACUACUUGGAAGAAAUUCGUGUGAUUAUCGUAACCAAUCAUUCGAGGCUUUGGGGAGCAUCACUCAAGUUCAUUCACUUUUUGUCUUACUGAGUUUCAAAAUACUUUUUUUCACUACUGAUACUGUUUCGAGUACUCUGGAAUUUUAACCUGCUGUGCUAAUGUGGUAUGACAAGUUGAACCAAUGCAUGUGUCAUGUCCUACGUUGCAUGACUGACUAUAAAAUGACAGCGCGAUCAGAUGUAUUCAUAUACAUCAAAUAUUCGAUCUAAUCUGUUUGUUUUUUGUACUAUUUCCAAUUUUCUAAAUUAAAAACGGCUGUUUUCCAAAGAAAAAAACUACUUACAACUAGAUAGCGAAACGUCAGAAAUCUAAUUUCCUAUUCAUUGAAGCAUCACAAAUACAGUAUUGUUUAUAUCAUUAUUAUAUUUGUUCACUGUGAUACCCAGUCACAAGGUGCACUUUUAUGUAAUCAGUUUGAUCUGUUACUGUAGAUAACUUUCCUAGCUGUUUCUGAACAAUUUCAUUCUAUGAAAUCCUUACUCUAAAAAAGAAGACAAUAUUGCCGCGGAGUAUGUUUUUUUCCAAUAAAAUAUUUGGAUUAACCUUCAUAUUGUAGGUUUGAUUGCCAGACUUUAUAUACUUGAUGACAUUAUUUAAAAUCUAGAUAAAUUUGCGAUUCUCUCUUGGUAGACGAAGUUAUGAACUCGCUUACGGAAUUUUGGUAUACAAACAUGUUUGGAGAAGGUCGUACGCUGAUACUCUCAACUAAUGACUUAUUAAGGAAGCAGAAACAAGGAUUGUCAUCUAUCUGGGAUGAUUGGACAACUGGUAAAUGUAUUGCAGGAGAGAAUGAACAACAAUUUUUCGGCCGGAAAAAAUAUCCCAUUCAAGAAGCAUUUUUGUGUUUUCCACCGAAAAUGAAAAGGACGAUUAUUGAAUGUUGUAUGUAUUGAAUGCGUCUUUUAGUUGAAUACAAUAGAUAUGUUUUUCAAUUGUGGUACAAAAGGUUUGAUUGUGUCAAACACACAAUUGCACACACGUACACACAGACACAACAAAACAAAAAAAGUUUACACUUAUUUAUUUGAAGUAAUCUUUUUAUUGGAAAAUAAAAAUAUUAAUUUCUUUUC